UAUUUUCCAGUAAAUAAAACCGUCACUCACAAAUGGAUGACGGAGUCUUUGCGUAAAUUUAGAUAUGAAUAACAUGACAUUCAAAGUGUUAAAAUAAAUAUCUAUAUAAGUAUAUCUAAAUUCAUUUUUUUAAUCAAUAAUUCUAAUCUUCGAUUGCACAUGUCUAUUUCAUCUAUUUGCAAGUAUUGGGCCAAAAUUUUUCUUUGAUAAAUCCUUGUUCAUUUCGUUGUGUAAUCUACAUGUCAUACUAAAAAAAUUGGAUAAUAUUUUAUGGCUGUCCCUCGCCAAUACACUAUCUCAAUUUUGUAUACGAGCACAUCUAAGAAAAGUAGAGAGUCUUCCUUCACACGUGGAUCAGUAUGUCUCAUGGCACAGCUUAAAUAUAUUACUUUCACGCAAUUUCAGUAGGUUUUCAUGUAUCGAACCAACAUUGCUAUCGGAAGAACAUCUAUGCGAACGCUUGGUCAUAACGAGUUUGCGAUUUAUAUUAUACAUAUACAUACAUACAUAUGUAAAGAGAAAAAUAUCAGAAAUAGAUUUCCGUCUAACAAUCGCCCAAACUCUUUCAGAAUGGUGCUUCAACGUUAUGGACGAGUACGAUCCCUUGGCGUUGCCCUCGCAGCGAAACAAGUCGAAUUGUCGGAGUAUCGAAGACCAAAUAGCGGCACAAGUCGUAUCGACGAAGAUCUUCCCGUGUCCUCGUUGCGGGCGAUGUUACAAAGUGAAGAGAUCGCUGCGUCGACAUAUUGUGGUCGAGUGCGGCAAGGCGCCGAAGCACAAGUGCCCUUACUGCCAGCACCAGAGCAAGUACAGGGCCAGCAUAACGAAGCACGUUACACAUGUACACCCGAAUUUGCCAUACCCGUGACCUGACGAUUAAUUGUUCAUCGAUUAAUUUUAUUUAUUCUCUUUUUUUUUCACUGCUGAUAGUGAAAUAGUGGGACAAUUGGAUUAUGUUUUGAUAUUUUUUGAAAUAAAUUUUAUGUUUGCCCCUCUUUGUUAUUGCAAAGAUUUAAUGUUGAUUUCUCAGGUAAUAUUAGAAAGUUCUGUCUUUCCUAAGAUGAUUAUAAAUUAGUUGAUUUUAACAUUGACGUCGCACGUUUGCGUUCAAAUUAUUUAAUAAGGAUCUAUUCUAUUAUUUAAAUUAGGUUUAUGAAAUCAUUGGCGUACAAGACAAGGAUGUAUAAUCAACUGACUAGAUUUCUGACAGACCUUAUCAUUAAUUGCAUGAAAAUCUCUCUACGGAAUACGUAGAAAUAUCUUGUGCAAUUGUAAAUAAAACCGAUAUCUUAAUUAAUGACGCGUCAGUGUGGGUCAGAACGUUCCAAUGUUCGAAUAAUUGAUUGUUACACGUUCAUAGCAGCUUGUAAACUGUUCUCUUUAUCUUCGCAAUAUACACUGAGAGAAAUGUU